CUUCACUUUAAAUCACCGAGCUUGCUUUUUCACUACGAGUUAACGUUUAUUUUUCUGUCAGCUGUAAACGUUAUUGCACCGGUUUUGGGGGGUUUUCCCGUUGCGCCACUCUGCUAGCUUGUUUGUGAUUGUACUUGUUGCGGGGAAGAAAAAAAAAAAAGCUUAAAUUGACGAGAUUUAACGGGUGCUUCCACUCGUGGGGUGAACGGGUAACGUCGGUGUGUACGUGUGCGUGUCCCACGGAGCCUCUCGUCCUCUUCUGCACUGCAGUCGCACGGUUGGCGUAGGAAGGUCACGUUAUAAGGCGGCUCGUCACUAGCGGCAGCCGAGCGAACGGGGGACUGCGCAAAAAAUCACGGUCCGGAUUUGUGCCUGGCUGACGUCAUGGGGAGCCACAGACCUCUCUGACAGGAUCCAGCGACGACGAGCGCCGGGGAGCAACAUCCAGCAGGGGCCGUGGGGGGAGAACAAGUCGACGGACGUUGCUUUUUUUUAGUAGAAGUAGAAGAAACAAAACAAAAAUAAAGGAAAAAAGAGAGAGCGAAUAAAGCAGGCGAUUCGGCUUCGGCGGACUGAGCGACCGCGGCUCACCAUGAGAGCGCUUCCCCGCUGUUGAGGCGACUACUACGGCUUGUUUUCUGCCUCAAAACGAGCCGACCAGCGAGAGGAGGGGAGAUAAGCAGCCAGAGGACUAAUCCCCGGGACGGUCACAUUCACGGCGGGGCUUGGACCCGACAGAAAUGGACAGGGCAGCACGAACUGGAUUAAAUGAUAGGGAAUAAAGAGGCGCAGCGCACAAAGCCCGAGCUGAAGUGUUAUGCCCGUUAACCCGUCGGGUCUUCAUUUGACUGGAAAUGGGAGCUUUGACGAGCAGACAGAACAUAGGCGUGGAAGAAGUGGACAUCCCGUCCAAUUCGGUGUAUCGCUACCCACCGAAAUCCGGGAGCUACUUCGCCAGCCAUUUCAUCAUGGGGGGAGAGAAGUUUGACUCCACCCAUCCGGAGGGUUACCUGUUCGGGGAAAACACAGACCUUAACUUCCUGGGGACCAGACCGGUAGCGUUCCCCUAUGCAGCCCCUCCACCUCAGGAACCAGUAAAGACGCUACGAAGCCUUAUAAACAUUCGAAAGGACACGCUGCGGCUCGUAAGGUGCAGCGAGGACCUGAAGCUGCCGGGCGACGAGGCGGCGGGGAAGAACCGAGCGUGUUACAACGUAGAGUUUACUUUCGACGCUGACACACAGGUGGCCAUCACCAUCUACUACCAGGCCAUAGAGGAGUUUCACAACGGAGUGCCAGUUUACCUGCCACAGGACAGCUCGCUGCAGUCUGAGACGGUGCACUUCAAGAGGGGAGUCUGCCAGCAGUUCUGUCUGCCCUCGCACACCGUCAACCUCAGCGAAUGGGCCGACGACGAGCUGCUGUUCGACAUGGACAAGGAGAUCUUCCCCAUGGUGGUGCAGGCCGUCGUCGACGAAGGAGAAGAACAUUUGGGCCACUCUCACAUCCUCCUGGCUACGUUUGAGAAGCACAUGGACGGGAGCUACUGUGUGAAGCCUCUGAAGCAGAAACAAGUGGUGGAUGGUGUGAGCUACCUGCUGCAGGAGAUCUAUGGUAUAGAGAACAAAUACAACAGUCAGGAAUCAAAGGUUGCUGACGACGAGAUCAGUGACAACAGCGCCGAGUGUGUCGUUUGUUUGUCUGAUGUGCGAGACACACUCAUCCUGCCGUGCAGGCAUCUGUGUCUCUGCAACGCCUGCGCAGACACGCUGCGCUACCAGGCCAACUGCUGCCCGAUCUGCAGACUGCCCUUCAGAGCUCUGCUUCAGAUCCGAGCCAUGAGGAAGAAACUCAGUCCUCUGUCACCUACCAGCUUUAACCCCGUCAUCACUUCCCAGACCUCCGACUCUGAGGAACACUCGGCGUCGGAGCACAUCCCUCCGGGCUACGAGGCCGUGUCUCUGCUGGAGGCGUUGAACGGGCCCCUCAACACCUCCUCGGUGGCUCCUCCUCCUCUCCACUCUGGUCCCAGCCACGUCUCCGGAGCGCUGCCUCCGUACAGCAGCGAGCCCCAUCCGGCGCCGGCCCGCUCCCUCUCCCCUCUAGACCACUCCAACUCCAGUCAGGGACUCAAACUCAAGAAGAGUGGAUCAAAGUCACUUUCCCAGAAUUCCUCUGUGCUUCCUGAGGAGGAGGACGAGAAGUCUUGCAGCGAGUCGGAGGCGUGUCGCCACAAACUGGUCGUGGACCAGCAGGAGUGCGGAGUGACUCCAGACAGCGAGAACCUGACUCUGUCCUCGUCUGGAGCCAUCGACCAGUCAUCCUGCACCGGCACCCCGCUCUCCUCCACCAUCACCUCCCCGGAAGACCCAGUGAGCAGCAGCCUGGCCCAGUCAGUGAUGUCCAUGGCCUCGUCCCACUCGCAGCACUCCCACAUCAGCACUGACACCAUGUCCUCCAUGUCAGGGUCCUACCUGGCCGGGGCCGAAGGCGAGCCCGGGGGGGACGAUGGGGGCGAGGUGGAGGGCGAGGAGAACCAGGACGCCCCCAUGGAGAGCCGAGGACUGUCGCAGCAGGACGGGGAGUUUUCCAAGGAGCCAAAGGAACAAAACUACUCAGUUGCUGUAGAGGAACAGGACUCAGAGGGAAAUGAUGUCACUGAAGAGGACUGCUCCUCCCCGUCUAAUGGGAAAGGUGGGCGGAGCAGGUGUCCAGAGUUGGCCAAUAACAAUCAGGGCGUCGCCCUCUGUGACACGCCCUCUUUGGGGUUGGAUAAUGAGCAGGCUCCCGACAGCCGAUUCGCCGAUCUGAUGUACCUCGGGGGCUACAGGCCUGUUCUGGAGCCCCUCCCCCACCACACCUCCACCAGCAACAUCAACCUGGAGGAGCAGGGGGCCGAGAACCGGGACGGCCAGAGUCCUAAACAUCCCCGCCGCGGACCACUCAUUGUGUAACACGCUCACACAAACACACACACACACACACGCACACACACACACAAACUCUACCCGUCCAGAGUGAGCUCUUCUUACCCUGCCAUAGUGCUGCACCGCCGGAUGCCGUCCUCGCUGACCAGGGAAACACAUCCCCACCUACAUCUCCUGGACUGAUUGUCUGUGUUGGCGCUUCAGAGGAAGAAUGAGGACUCACCCCUCCAUCGUCUGUGCACUUUGAUCUCACAGGACUUUCCUUGUUUUCUUGUCUGUGACCUAAUCUUGUCGUGGGAAUGAUUAGCCUACUGCUACGUUAUUAUUUAUUACCUGUAGGUUUAACGAGAGCUGUGUAUUGUGACACUAUCUUUAGAAAAAAAUACAUGCUGCUCCUCUUCUCUCCUCUUUUAUCCCUCCUAUUACCAGCCAAACAGUCAGGGGCUACUGUGAUCGGCAAUCGGAUUUAUUACUAGCGUUCUUCUUCUUCUUCUUCUUCUUCUUCUUCUUCUUCUUCUCUGUUAUAAACUGUUUGUCGAAUGAGUGGUGGGACACUUUGACACUAAAAGUCAGCUCACACCGGACUACCUUACCUUACCGAACUGAAACACGCCGACCCUUCAGGGAGCUCCCGCCUCGCAUGCAGCUUUCCUCUCAUUCCCGCCACGCUUUCCAAACAUCUGCUGAAUGUGAAUUCAGAGGCGGUCGGACUUGUACGGUGGUGGACGAGCCGAGAAACGGUGGCCAAAAUAAACAGAGAUGAACUUUAAAAAAAAAACAAACAAACAAAAAAAAUGACGUCAAACAGAAUGUAGGACGCUGAACGUGGAACUCUAGACUAGAAGGGGAAUGUACAUCUGAAUCAUCACCGAAAACUGGAAUUAAACUGACCCUCACACGCCCGCCGUCGCCAUCCUCUCCUCCUACAGCUUCAUCUUAGCAUGUCAGUAUUAUCGUAGUGCAACUGGAAAUCAACAGAUACCACCGAGCAAUAAAGAAAACUGCAUCUCCUCCUCUUCUCCUGCACUAGGACGCUCUCCUGCGGUUCAAACGAUGACAAACUGUGUUUGCACUGGACUGCUAAUGUUCAGAUUCAGACAUGCCAGUGUGUUUUGUUUUUUUUAUUUUCACGUUGCCAUGGUAAAGGGAUUUUAUGGUGAGGGAAAAGCGGUGAAUCUGGACAGACUUACACACCGUCAGCUGGCAUUUUGUUCGUCCUCACGUCCCCCCUGUUCUGAUCGUCCCGAUGAGCCCUUUUCCUUCUCGUUUGUGAAGCUUUUAGUUGUUUUGGUUUCGUAUAACUCUUAACGUGUAUCUCACCCGUUGUCGGCGUUUUUCCUCCGUUUCUUCGUGUUUUUAAUUCGUUGCAGAACACUGUGUUGUUUAUUAGAAUGUGGAUGAAAAUAUGUGAACAUUUUGUAAAGGUUUACACACUCGCGCAGACACGCGUGGCUCACAUUACGGAUACACCGAAAAGGGACGAUAUCGACAUUUAAUGCACUAUUAGCUGAUUCCUAGACGGUGCAUGAGGCGAUAGUAGAGUAAGCAUGUUAGUCUAGGUCAGCCUGCACCCUCCUGUAAACUUGAUGACGGAUCACCACACACACACACACACACACACACACACACAUAAAGCAGUAUCAUAUCGUUCUGUAGUGUUAUAUAUCGGUUGCUGGCACCCUAUUCCACUGACCCAACUGUUAAGGUCGAAACUACUGCACUACUAUACCCAAGCUGCAAACUGUCAUGUGAUCACAGUCCGAAUGUGUCAAUGAAGCCGCCAGUCGCAGUAUGAUAUCAAAGGAAUGGGUCCCCAAUCCACAAGACCCCACUUUUCUAGAGUGAAAAUGUCAAAGAAGACUUCAAACAGACAAUAAAGUUUUUGCAACUAAA